UUAGCCAAAGGUCCAUUCAAACUGUGAAAUAUAAUUUACUUGGUUCAAACAAACAGCAACAGUGUUUCUCGUUCAUUUGAAUUUCGUGUCGUAGAAGCUAUGUUUCCGAAUUUCAAGUCCAAAAAAUGCAAAACCGCGUUGAAGCUUGCGGUUUCACGGAUAGAGGUUUUGAAGAACAAGAGCGAACGGCAAGUGAAGCAGCUACGGAAAGAAUUGGCUGACUUGCUUCACUCUGGCCACAACCAUGCUGCCAGAGUCAGAGUGGAAUAUGUAGUGAUGGAAGAGAAGACCAUGGGAGCAUACGAUCUUAUUAAGAUAUACUGUGAACUCAUUACAGCACGUAUGCCAGUGAUUGAAUCACAGAAUAGAAACUGCCCAGUAGAUUUGAAGGAAGCGAUUUCGAGUGUAAUAUUUGCAUCCCCAAGGUGUUUAGAUAUACCUGAGCUUGUGGAUGUCAAGAAGCAUUUUAUGGCUAAGUAUGGGAAAGAGUUUGUCUCAGCAGCUGUUGAAUUACGCCCUGAAUGUGGUGUAAAUCGUUUGUUGGUUGAGAAAUUGUCUCACAGAGCACCAGAUGGUCCAACCAAAAUCAGAAUACUGAUUGAAAUUGCAGAGGAAUAUAAUGUCAGAUGGCAACCGUCUUUAGAAGAAAAUGAUGAGAAUCUGUCUCACGAUUUACUGGCUGGACCAAGCACUUUUGAGAAGGGUACUCCCGUGGAACCUCCACAACUUCGUGUUCCACUUGUUGGUGAUGAAAAAGAACCUCCUAGUUUACAUGCUUCUUGUCAACUUACAGAAAUGCAAGAUAUGUCUAGAAGUUUUUGCGAGAAGCAUGGAAAACUAAAAUCUUCAGACAUAAUUGGGAGAUGGAAUUCAAAGAUGCUGCAACUGCUGCACAGGUAGCUGCAGAAUCUGCAGAACGUGCAAGCGUGGCUGCAAGAGCAGCUGCUGAACUUUCCAACCGUGAAAAUUUAACAAGACAGUGUUCAAGUGAAUGGAAGAGUUCUUCUAGAGGAGGGUUUAGAGCUGAAUUAUCUCUAGAAUAUGCUUUUCAUUCUUCCAAACAUCUUUCUGCUGGUUAUGUUACUAGCACAUUCCGAAGAAGCGCUUUUGAGAUACACCAUGAACAGACUAAUGUAACUGAACAACACAAUGAACAUUUCAUGAAUGGUAAUGAUAAUGUGGUGAAACCUUGCAAGAAAGUGCAAGGUGAAGCAAACAAGGAAUCAAGUGGAAGUGGCUCAGAUGCAUACUUAGAUUCUGAUACUAGUGAUUCUGAGCAUGGAUCAGCAGAAGAUGCAGGUUCAGAACCUAGAAAUGAGGAAACUGUAACAUUAUCUGCAAUGAUACCAGAUAAGGAAGAGACUUCAAAACCUUUAAACUGUGAUGAGGAUAUUCCCUCAAAGAAGAAGGCACUACAUGUUCAUCCAAAGUUACCUGAUUGUGACACCUUCGCUGCCCAAUUUUCGUCUCGUAAGAAGCAUCUUCAAUAAAUUUUCAAGUUCUUGCUUGCAACAACAUAGUACCCUUUGCUGAAAUUGUGGAGAAAAACAAUGAGUGGUGUUAUGUUAUUUACACACGAUGUUUUGUUUAAUGUAGUGGUGGCGUGCACUGCAAUUUUAAAUACUUUAUUCAACUCAUUGUUCCUGUUUAGAUACGAGAAACUCAUUGUUUACUAAUAGUGUAUGGUGUAAUGUUCUUCCCCAUGUUGAAUCAUACUAAGUAUUCGGGCAUUAAAA